CACGCACGCUCGAGUUACUUAUCUACAUCUAUAAAAGAUACUUUCAUCACACUUCGCAUACAAACGAACAAAUGAGCAUGGCCAGACGCCUUCCCGUUCUCAUGCUCCUAUUAUUGAGCCCUUUCUGCCAAUCCAACGACCAGCUGACACAAGCAAAUACACUCUCCUCCGGCGACAUGCUCAUCUCCCAGGGCGGGGACUUUGCCCUCGGCUUCUUCUCUCCGACCAACUCACCCAAGAACUACAUUGGAAUCUGGUACAACAAAAUCCCUGAACUCACCGUCGUGUGGGUUGCCAAUCGCGACAACCCAAUCACCACUCCAUCAGCAAAGCUCGUCAUUACCAACAGUUCAGAGUUGUUGUUGUCCGACUCCAAAGGCCGCACUCUUUGGACGACGGCAAGCAACAUCACCAGUGGAGGUGCUAGAGCUGUGGCGGUGCUGCUCGACUCUGGGAACUUUAUCCUCCAGUCGUUAAACGGCAUGAAGAUAUGGCAAAGCUUCGAUCACCCGACCGACACCAUCCUUCCAACCAUGAGGUUCGUGCUUAGCUACAAGGGGCAAGUGGUCGAGCGCCUUGUUGCAUGGAAGGGCCUUGAUGACCCAUCUACCGGGGACUUCUCCUAUAGCCUUGAUCCUAGCUCAGAACUUCAGAUGUUGCUUUGGCACAACACCUCACCGUAUUACCGCACAGUUGUGUUUAACGACGGUGUGUCGGUGUUCGGCAGGAUAUACCAUAGCAACAGUACCUCUACCUGGAUCAUGUACCAAACCAUGGUCAGCACAGAGGAUGGGCUCUACGUUUUUUACACAGUCUCUGAUGGCUCGCCUUACAUGCGAUUCUUGAUUGAUUACACCGGCAAGUCGAGGCUCCUGAGCUGGAACAACAACACGUUGUCAUGGAGAGUCGUUAAAGAGGCGCCCGGUAGAUGUGAUCUCUACGCCUUGUGUGGCCUGUUCGGCUAUUGCGACCAAACGGAGGCGCUCCCAACGUGUAAGUGCCUCGAUGGGUUCGAUCCCAUCGACAGUCUCAACUUUUCGAGAGGAUGCCGGAGAAGGGAAGCGCUGAAAUGCGGAAAGGAAAACCAUUUUGUGACCCUGCCCGGGAUGAAGGUUCCUGACAAGUUUGUGCACAUCCGGAACAGAAGCUUGGACCAGUGCGCAGCUGAGUGUAGCAGAAAUUGCUUGUGUUCGGCGUACGCCUACGCCAACUUCAGCAGCGCUGGUGACAUUAUGACCGACACGUCGAGGUGCUUGGUUUGGGCUGGGGAUCUCGUCGACAUGUGGAAGAUGCCUAGCUUUGGUGAGAACUUGUACCUCCGACUUGCCGAGUCCCCAGUUCAAAAUAAGAGCAAUUUAGCAAAGAUUGUACUCCCGAUUAUCGCAUGCCUGCUGCUACUCGCAUCCACAACCCUUCUCUGGAUAUGCAAAUACAGAGCAGGCAAACAGCGUAAGAAGGAAGUCCAGAAGAGAUUGAUGCUAGAAUACUUGAGGUCUACGGAUGAAGAUGGGGAUAAGAAUAUAGAGUUCCCAUUUAUUAGCUUCGAAGACAUUGUCACAGCAACGGACAAUUUCUCUGACUCCAAUAUGCUUGGUAAAGGAGGUUUUGGCAAAGUAUACAAGGGAAUGUUGGAAGGUACCAAGGAAGUAGCCAUCAAGAGACUUAGCAAGGGUUCUGGGCAAGGCACCGAGGAAUUCAGAAAUGAAGUAGUCUUGAUUGCAAAAUUGCAGCACAAGAACCUAGUAAAGCUCCUCGGUUGUUGUAUUCACGAAGAUGAGAGGUUGUUGGUUUAUGAAUACUUGCCCAACAAAAGCUUGGAUAACUUCCUCUUCGACUCUGCAAGAAAGCCAAUGCUUCAGUGGCCAACAAGGUGUAAGAUAAUCCAAGGGAUAGCUAGAGGAAUUCUUUACCUCCAUCAGGAUUCAAGACUAACCAUAAUUCAUAGAGACCUCAAAGCAAGCAACAUCUUGUUAGAUAAGGAGAUUAGUCCCAAGAUAUCUGACUUCGGGAUGGCCAGGGUAUUCUGUGGCGAUCAGCACCAAGCAAAUACUAACCGAGUUGUCGGGACAUAUGGUUACAUGUCUCCUGAGUAUGCAAUGGAAGGCGCCUUUUCGGUCAAGUCUGACACCUACAGCUUUGGUGUUCUAGUAUUGGAGAUUGUGAGUGGAUUAAAGAUCAGCUCGCCACAUCUUAUCAUGGAUUUUCCUAAUCUUAUAGUCUAUGCAUGGAACUUAUGGAAGGAUGGCAAAACAGAAGAUUUGGUGGACUCAUCUGUUAAGGAGAAUUGUCCCCUCGAAGAAGUUUCACGAUGCAUCCACAUAGGACUUUUGUGUGUUCAAGACAGUCCAAACUGUAGGCCACUCAUGUCAGAAGUUGUGUUCAUGUUGGAGAACAAAACCACACCGCUCCCAAUACCAAUGCGGCCUGUGUACUUUGCACGUUGGGAUGCCGAACCUGGAAGAGCCGGUGACAACAAGGUUAGAACAGAGACCCAAAAUCGUAGUAGUACCUGGCCUCAUGACGGCGACCGUCGCGAGCCUGGCGCCGAAUCGCUGCGGGGAGAUCGGCGGCAAGGGCCCGUGAGGCCGUCGUACCACGAUCAAAAGAAGGGCAGCGCCUCUUGGCUCUCUUCGGUCCUUCCCCGAGCUGGUAGCUUGGCUGCGACUCCUCAGCCCCAGCCUUCAGCCUCCGCCACUUCGCCGGUCGCCCCAGCCGCCACAACCGACCGCGGCCUCCGCAACGGCGCCUCCUUGGCGGUGGCGAGCGCCGACCAACGGGAUGCAACGGGCGCCCAAGCGCUGUCCACCUCUCGAGUGUUGUGGCUCAGCCCAAAGAGAAGUGAACGCGUACCACUUCCUUCCUCCCGCGCCCAAUCGGCAUGGGUGCUUACGGCCCAGCUUUCCCAUACUGCCAGCCCACCGUCCUGAAAGGCCUGGAGCUUAUGGAAAGAUGGAAAUGCAAGGGAAAUUGGUGGACUCAUCGAUUGUGGAGAGCUGAUCACUUCAAGAAGUUAUACGAUGUAUUCAUUUAGGACUCUUAUGUGUUCGAGACCAUCUAUAUGCUAGGCCACUCAUGUCUUCCAUUGUGUUCAUGCUGGAGAAUGAAACAGCCCCACUUCCUACCCCAAAGCAACCUGUAUAUUUUACAAUUAGAAAUUAUGAAACUGAUCGAUCAAACGAAUACAUGCGAAGAUCUCUGAAUAACAUGAGUAUCACAACACUAGAGGGGUGUUAAAUAUUUAGUUCCAUUGUACUUUAUUUUGUAAACUUCUUAAAUCUGUGAUGUUGUACAACUGCACUAGCAAUCCAUGUUUGUACACAAAAAUGAUCCAUUCAGCAUGUUGUAUUCCGUA